AUGCUGUGCUGCAGAACGCAUCCGUCUCUCCGUGGCUAGCUCGUCCCUUCUCCUUUCUCUUCUGCAGACGAAAUCAAAAUGGUGGCUGCUCCUCUGUCUUCCUGGCCGUGGUUCAAUUUGGGACUCUACAAGGCAUGCACGCAAUCUUCUUCUUCUUUCCCUCUCUGUAUUAUAUUCUUAAUGUCUUCUUGUGAUCUAAUUAAUCGACUCGGAAGAGAGAACUUGAUCGUGCAGUAUCUGUUAUGUGCGCCACUGGUUGCCAAAGCUGUGAGCGAGUGGAAAAGCCACGGAGAAGGAGCGGGGUGGUCUCUUCACCUUCUCAUCCUCUUCAGCCUGAGGAGCCUCGUCUUCCAGCUCUGGCACAGCUUCUCCAACAUGCUCUACUACACACGCAGGCGCAGAGUCAUCCCCCACGGCCUGGAUUUCCACCAGAUCGACCGAGAGUGGGACUGGGACAAUUUUCUGAUACUGCAAGCUCUGGUCGCAUCCAUGGCGGUGUGGCGAGUAGUGCCAGGAUCGGACGGGGUUCCUGUGGUGCAGUCAAAGGGAUGGCUGAUAGCUCUGUUGGUGCAUGUGCUGGUAUCCGAGCCUGUGUUCUACUUGGUGCACAGAAGCUUCCACGGAGACUACCUCUUCUCUCACUACCAUUCAAUUCACCAUUCGUCACUUGUGCCACAGCCCAUGACAGCCACGUUCGGAACGCCACUGGAGAACCUGGCGAUGACGGCGGUGAUGGCGGCGCCUCUACUCGGAGCCUUCGCCGCCGGCCAUGGCUCUGUGGGCCUCGUGUACUCCUACGUCCUCGCCUUCGAUUUCUUGAGGUGUUUGGGUUACAGCAACGUGGAGAUCUUCCCCUCGCAGCUCUUCCACUCGCUGCCCUUCUUACGUUACCUCAUCUACACUCCCACGUACUUAAGCAUCCAUCACACGGAGAAGGACUGCAACUUUUGCCUUUUCAUGCCUCUCUUUGAUUUUCUGGGGAACACCAUGAAUAACAAGUCGUGGGACUUGCAGAAAGAGAUAAGCUCAGCAGGGAAGAACGGAGGGGUUCCGGAUUUUGUCUUCUUGGCCCAUGUCGUGGAUGUGAUCUCGUCCAUGCACGUUCCGUUCGUGUUUCGUUCGGUCUCUUCUAAGCCAUAUGUGGCCAAUCCCUUUUUGCUGGUCCUUUGGCCCUGUGCCUUCUCGACCAUGCUCUUGAUGUGGGUGCUCUCCAAGACCUUCUCCCUCUCUUUCUACCACUUGAGAGGUCGCUUGCAUCAGACUUGGGUCGUCCCAAGAUAUGGCUUUCAGUAUUUCUUGCCCUUUGCGAGUCAGGGCAUCAAUGAGCAGAUUGAGAUGGCCAUACUUAGGGCCGACAAGUUGGGAAUUCGAGUCCUUAGCCUUGCAGCAUUGAACAAGAACGAAUCACUAAAUGGCGGCGGGACACUGUUCGUGAACAAACACCCGGAUCUAAAAGUUCGAGUCGUCCAUGGCAACACCUUGACGGCCGCCGUCAUCCUAAAUGAACUCCCGAGGAAUGUAAAGGAGGUCAUCUUGACUGGAGCUACGUCCAAGCUUGGGAGAGCAAUUGCGCUCUACCUUUGCAGAAAAAACAUACGAGUGAUGAUGUUGACUUUAUCGACUGAAAGAUUUCUAAAGAUCCAGAAGGAGGCACCGACAGAGUACCAACACUAUCUAGUACAAGUCACCAAGUAUCGAGCGGCAAAAAAUUGCAAGACAUGGAUAGUGGGCAAAUGGCUCUCGCUGAGGGAUCAGCAGUGGGCGCCUGCCGGCACACAUUUCCACCAAUUCGUGGUGCCUCCCAUCAUUGGCUUCCGAAGGGACUGCACCUAUGGAAACUUAGCCGCCAUGAGACUCCCCAAGGACGUGAAAGGAUUAGGUUCGUGUGAGUACACGAUGGAGCGAGGGGUGGUGCACGCAUGCCAUGCUGGUGGAGUAGUCCAUAGCUUGGAAGGCUGGACGCACCAUGAGGUCGGUGCGAUCGAUGUCGAACGCAUUGAUGUGGUGUGGAGAGCUGCGUUGAAGCAUGGGCUGACGCCCGCUUGAAGAAAGUUGUAAUUUAAGUUCGCUACGACUCGACAUUUCUGGACUUGUGAUCACCACAAGUUACACACAUGAUCGAUGCUUUAAUUUAUUCGAGAAUUAGAAAUGUAAUUCAUUCGGUGUAGCUAGGAAGAAGUUAGUAUGUGUGCGUGUAAGAACUAAACGUUUGGGGGAGAAUUUCCUAAGAAAAUAAAAUGAAUAAGCAAAUUAAUUAAUCUCCCAAAAA